AUGGGCAAGUCCCAGUCAAAGCUCUCCCCAGAACAAUUAGCUGAUCUCCAGAAGAAUACUUAUUUCGAUAAGAAGGAGCUACAGCAAUGGUAUAAAGGUUUUCGGAAAGAUUGUCCUUCUGGCCAUCUCGACAAAACCGAGUUUAGUAAAAUCUACAAGCAGUUCUUUCCCUUUGGCGAUCCAGGAGAAUUUGCAGACUAUGUCUUCAACGUUUUCGACGAGAAUAAGAACGGCACAAUAGACUUCAAAGAGUUCAUCUGUGCACUCAGUGUCACUAGUAGAGGCAGGCUAGACGAGAAACUUAAAUGGGCCUUCCAACUGUAUGAUAUCGAUAAGGACGGAACGAUCACCUACGAUGAGAUGCUCCAGAUAGUCCAGUCCAUAUACAAGAUGACUGGGGAGAUGGUCAAACUUCCAUCCGAUGAAGACACACCGGAAAAGCGUGUCGAUAAAAUCUUCCGGAAUAUGGAUAGGGACAAAGAUGCCAAGUUAACAUUUGACGAAUUCGUAGAAGGAAGCAAACAAGAUCCCACAAUCGUUCAGGCGCUCUCACUCUACGAUGGUCUAGUAUAA